AAAGGAUGUGAAGAUGGCGGUAGAUUUGACUCCUCGGUUCAGAAGAUUAAACAGUCAAACGCGGAGUUUUCGUGAAAAUUUACAACCUGGUUUCUCUGGACCUUUUGGUGCCACCCACUUGUGGCACAGCAUCAUCCACGCCCUCCAAACCCAGGUGGAGGUGCGUCGCUGCCGAAGGCAUCUGCGUGUUCACGCCGAGUGUUUCACAGGCUCGGAUGCCGUGGACGCUGUCCUCAGUUAUUUGAUGCAGAACGUGGUUUUUUGCUCGAGUGAGGUGUCUCGCCUCAAAGCUGCACGUCUCUGCCAAGCGCUAAUGGAAGCCAAGGUGUUUGAACCAGUGGGCUCAAAAUUGUUUCGUCGAGAGAAGGAUGGGACCUUUGAAGACAGCAGCUGCAGUCUUUACAGGUUUCUUGAUUGCAAAGCUUUGCCGGGUUCUGUCACGAAAAGCUACAGUGGUGAUGCAGACAACAGUCCACUAGAGGAGCUUGAGACAAAGAGGAAGAAAUGUUCCAGGAAGCUGAAUAUGAGGACAAUCACCAAUCCACUCGCCGUUGGAGCGUCAGAUCGGAGGGUUGAACGCCUGCUGAGGACUAUCGACCUGCAGCCUUCGCUAUCCCCAGCUCUGCCCACAGCCACAACCUCAUCUGUCUUUCUGUCCAAAGCUAUGGUGGAGGAGGUUUGGAGACAGCAGACGCUGCUGCAGCUGCUGCAGAUAGUAGAAGUACCCAUGCUGGACUGCAUCCUCAUGUCUCCUACCAGGACCCAGCUGUCGGCCUGCCGGGCUCCUCACUCCUCCACCAACCUGGACUUGGUGAUUUCUAACAAAUACUUGGAGAGAGAGCUGCCUGAUGCCCUGAAUUUUCCCCACUUUGAUGAUUGGCUGUUGGCAGCAGCAGAUUGCUUGGAGCUCUUCCCUGAUCAGCUAAUCGUGGUCGCAGGCGAACAGCUCAGCCAGCAGGGCAGCGAUGUCACUUCCAAGGAAGACCAAGCAGAACACACGGCCAGUCAAAAGAGACUUCUCUUUGACACAAUUUCUAAAUACUACAGCCAACCGGAAAAACUGCCACUACUCUCAGGACGCUACCUCGACAUACAUGUUGCAAUUCUGCAUUUGCUGGGAGGAGGAAAGGUCCAAGAUGCUAUCAAGGCAUCUCAGCUGUGUUUGCGGCUAAUGGAGACGAGUUCGAGAGAUGAACUCCGGCGUCUUCUUGCUUUCAUGGCUGUAGCAGCUCACCCAGAUGCAGUCCAGCUCCAGAAACAGACUGAUAACCGUGCUCUAGUCAGCCGCACCUUUCAGAGGGCGGUUGUCCAUAAUCAUAAACUGACUCGAAGCCAGAGUGAGACCUUGGUGCUAUUUCUCAUGGAUAAUCACACUGAGCUCUUCAAGACUCCUCAAUGCCUCACUGAAGCCGUCAGAAAAACACUGAGGAUGAUGCAGCUGGGCAAAGACCCUGACUGUGUGGCCACGUUCACCUUCUGCCAGCAGGUGACGCUGCGGCAGUACGAGGACCAGCGUGAAGCUGCCACCCUGCAGAGCCUCAAGCAGCUCCUUUGGGACAUUUCUGCAAAUGAGGCGAUGCCCACAAAGGAGAGGAGGCGGCUGCUUAAAGAGUUCGAAAAGCACCACCCUGUGGUUUUCCUGCAGCACUUCUCCAGCACCUUCUGAGAGCAGCGGACUGGUUUUAGUAUGAC